AUGACCGAAGAUAAUACUAUUCCAACUGCUUCCGUGAGAGUGGCCACCGAGAAGUGCACGUACACGGAAGACGAGCUGCUUACCAAGUACAGCUACGAAAAUGCCGUGGUCUCCAAGACACCUGAUGGCCGCUUUGAUGUCACACCCACUGUUCAGGACUACGUGUUCAAAGUGGGUCUGGACAAGCCAGACAAACUGGGGAUUAUGCUUGUUGGGCUUGGCGGUAACAACGGAUCCACGUUAGUGGCGUCUGUCUUGGCGAACAAGCACGAUAUCGAGUUCCAUACGAAAGAGGGUCUCAAGAAGCCGAACUACUUUGGUUCUAUGACCCAAUCUUCCACCUUAAAACUGGGUGUCGACGCUGCGGGGAACGAUGUGUACGCCCCUUUCAACUCUCUCUUGCCCAUGGUCAACCCGAACGAUUUUGUCAUCUCCGGUUGGGACAUCAACGAUGCAAAUCUAUCCGAGGCCAUGCAAAGGGCGCAGGUCCUCGAAUAUGACCUUCAACAGCGUUUGAAUUCGAGGAUGUCCGCCGUCAAACCUCUGCCUUCCGUUUACUACCCUGAUUUCAUUGCAGCUAACCAGGAUGAGAGGGCCAAUAACUGCAUCAACGUGGAUGCGAAGGGUAGCGUAACCACUGUAGGCAAAUGGGCGCAUUUGCAGCAGAUCAGACACGAUAUACAGGAUUUUAAGAAGGAAAACUCCCUGGACAAGGUGAUUGUUCUCUGGACUGCCAAUACCGAGAGGUACGUGGAAAUAUCUGCCGGCGUUAACGACACGAUGGAAAACCUUUUGCAAUCCAUCAAGAACGAUCAUGAGGAGAUUGCCCCCUCCACAAUAUUUGCCGCUGCGUCCAUCUUGGAAGGUGUUCCAUAUAUCAACGGUUCACCUCAGAAUACGUUUGUCCCCGGGCUAGUUCAGUUGGCUGAACAUGAGGCGGUUUUCAUUGCGGGAGACGAUUUAAAGUCCGGUCAAACCAAAUUGAAGUCUGUUUUGGCCCAAUUUUUGGUGGACGCCGGUAUCAAACCUCUCUCCAUUGCCUCGUACAACCAUUUGGGUAAUAACGACGGCUAUAACUUGUCCGCUCCAAAGCAAUUCCGGUCUAAGGAGAUCUCGAAGAGCUCAGUUAUAGAUGACAUUAUCGCGUCUAAUGAUAUUCUAUACAAUGAUAAGCUGGGUAAGAAAGUUGACCACUGCAUUGUGAUCAAGUACAUGAAGCCCGUUGGCGAUUCAAAAGUGGCCAUGGAUGAAUACUACAGCGAACUGAUGCUAGGUGGCCACAACAGGAUCUCGAUCCAUAACGUUUGCGAGGAUUCUUUGUUGGCGACACCCUUGAUUAUCGACCUGUUAGUAAUGACAGAAUUUUGUUCGAGAGUGUCCUACAAGAGGGUAAAUCCGGCCCAAGAGGAUGACGGCAAAUUUGAGAGCUUUUAUCCCGUUUUGACCUUCCUGAGCUACUGGCUGAAGGCGCCACUAACAAGGCCAGGGUUUCAUCCCGUGAAUGGCUUGAACAAACAAAGAUCGGCCUUGGAAAACUUCAUGAGAUUAUUGAUUGGAUUACCUUCUCUAAAUGAAUUGAGGUUCGAAGAGAGACUGUUAUGA